AUGGAUUUUUUAAUGUCAUUCUUUUUCAAGACUUUGCUUCUUUUUGUUGCAGUUACCUUGGCAAAGUUGGCAAAGUUAAUCAUGGAACCUAAAAGUGGCAGCCUUGGUGGUGGAACCUGGAUCACAAUAAACUUUGAUGGUCUCUCUCAUUUGGUCAACUGGUCACAGCCCGAAGUGGCGUUAUUGAAUCCAGAGCUGCGUCCAGUGCUGUGUGAUGUUAUACCUGUCAGUUUCUUCAUGUCCACAGUAAAAUGCCAAACAAGAUCUUCUCCAAGGGAAGGACUUUACCAUCUCUUGCUGAGUUUGAAUGGACAGAGUAUCAGCAACCUAGAUGAAUUAUAUGAAGAGAACUGUACAUUCCAGUUCUCUAUUGCAGAGACACCUGUAGUGUUUCAAGUGAACCCACCAUAUGGAGUCCCAGGAAAUGUAAUACAAAUUUAUGGUCGGAUUCUGGCCCAAGAUUAUGAAACUUACAAUUUCAGCAUGGACUUUAUUGAUGGGCCUGUAAUCCUUGAGGCAGAAAAUGAUGGGUGGAUAACUAUUUGUUCUCUUGCCAGUGAGCAGACACGUGGCAUUUAUCCUAUUCAUCUAGAUAAUGGCCUGGGAACUAUAGCGUGUCGAGUGGAAGGCAACUAUAUUGGGUCACACAAUGUUAGCUUUUCAGUGUAUAACAAGGGAAAGUCAAUAGUGCACAAAGAUGCUUGGCUUAUAAGUGCUAAACAGGAACUUUUCUUGUACCAGACAUUCUCAGACAUUUCUUCAGUGUCUCCUGCUACAGGCAGCCUAGGUGGUGGAACUGAUCUCACCAUCACAGGGGACUUCUUUGAUACACCUAUGAAAGUCACAGCUGCAGGAAACAGAGGCCUUAUUUUUGAAGUUUGGGAUGGUUCAGACACUAAUCUCACUGAAGUGAUUCCAGGAUACAGCUGGCAGAUUGUUCCUAAUGCCAGUUCUCCAUACAAUUUUCUGCCUGAGAAACAGAAACUGUUCAGUGCACAACUACGAGGGUUUUUUAUGGCACCAGAGACAAAUAAUUAUACAUUUUGGAUUCAGGCGGAUGGCAAAGCUUCUUUGUACCUAAGCCUCUCAGACGAUCCAAGAAAAAAGGUAGAAGUUGUAUCAAUUUCUACUGGUACUGCUGAUUGGUCAGCAUUUUGGAAGGAAGAUUGGUUUCAUCCUAGGAAGCCCAAAUCAGAGAAAUAUGAGCUAAUUGCUGAUACGAUGUACUAUUUGGAAGCUGUGCAUAAUGGGAUAACCCCAAACAAUGGAAUGAGCGUGGGGGUUCAGUUGCACCAUACCUGGCUAAACCCAGAUGUGGUUAGUACUUAUUGCAGAGAGAGAUACAGAAUACAAGCCAAUGCUAUCCAGCUUCCAGAGAUACAGAUGCUGAUAUUGUCUGGCAGAGGAUGGUUCAGUCUUGCUUGGGACAAUGUGACCAGCAAUCCCAUGUCAACAAAUGUUACUGCUGAUCAAUUGCAGCAUGAAUUGGAGGAACUUCUUUCAGUAAAAUGUGAAAUAGAGCCAUCAUCUGCUAAUAUUUUUUUGCAAACAGGAUUUGAGCAAAAUAUUGAGAAUCUAGUCAAUGGUGGAGUCCUUGUCAGUUGGACAGAACCCUUUUGUGGAAGAUUCAGCAAUUUCAGGCCAAAAGGCCUUAUCAAAACAUCUCAAUUAAUUCCUCCUUAUGAUGUCACUACAUACACACACUUGUGCUUUGCAUACAAAGGCUACAUGAGCAAUACCCUCUACAUUGCAGUGUCUUAUUCCAAUACCUUUCUAGAUAUCGUGAAGAAACAUGUGACCUGCCAAUGGAAUCUGAAAUCCAGUCCAGAAAGCUGGAAAUUCAUAUGCAUCAACCUUUGGAGAGACUGUCUGUAUAGUUCUGAAUUCCUUAAUGAUCUUCCCAAAAAUUCUUCAGUGUUUUUGCACCAGGUUGAUGUAGAAGCUCCUGCUGCUGCAACAGAGACACUUGGCUGGUUUUUCAUUGAUGAGAUCAUUGUUUCAGAUCAAGACAUAUUUGUUUUUCAGAAGGAACUCAGGUCAACUCACCCACAUGGGAACCUCAUAGAAUCUGUCUUGGUUGCUGGCAUCCCACCUACAUUUAAUGUAUCUUUUUUUGUAGCAAAUUAUCACAAGAACCUCCCUCUUCUCUCACUCAGAGGAGGUAUGCCUCUGAAGGGAUCCGAAGGGACUGAUCAAUUGUUGAUGUCUAUGAAUGAGACAGGAAUCAAUUUGACAGUCCAAAGGAUACAAGGUGCAAGCCUACCUCUUGGAGGAACUUUUCAGAUCCAUCUGUCUAACAUAGUGAUUCCAGGUAAACUUGAGCUUUGGCAUCUUCUUCCACAAAAUAAAGGAUUAGCCAAGAUGGCAAUCACUCUGGACUUCAAACAUCUGGAUAAUUACCAGAUGACACAAAUAGAUAUAGAAACCUCUAACUUUUUCCCUGUCAUUGAAUGGUCUGUAUUUAUUCAUGUUAACUAUUGGGAGAUGGGGUAUCUGGAAAAACAAGGAAAUGAGGCAGUAGUCCAUGGGAAAGGUAUCCCAGUGUCCAUCUCUGCCAGUCACCUCCGCAGCCUUCUGCAAAAUUACAGUGAUAAUUUUACAGCUCAGUACAUAAACACCAGUGACUUUUUUGUAUCUAAGAUUUCACAAAACUCUUAUCAAAGUAUAUGGACACUGACAUGGACUUCAAUGAUCGGUGAUUUGCCCAAUUUCAUCAGGGUCUCUGAUGAAAACCUCACUGGUCUUAUCCCAGCAAUAAUAAGCUAUGUCGUAAUUGAUGGUGGCAUUUUCAUUGAUCCCAUAUUUGGAGAUAUGCUUGCUACCCCCAAUAACUUUACACAGGUUGUAGUUACAGUGAAUGACAUUCCAGCAAAUUGUUCUGGCUCAUGCACUUUUCAGUAUCUCAGGGAAAUGACCCCUUUAGUCAAUAGCAUUGACUAUUCAACAGAUGAUACUGAACACAUAAUAGUUCACAUUACAGGAUCUGGCUUCACUGCAGACCAUCAAUCAUUGCUCAUAGAAGCAAACAACCUAACUUGCAAAAUCCUAAGUUCAAACCAUACUAAUGUCUUUUGUCAGAUGAAUGUAUUACCAGUUGGAUUGUAUAAAGUGACAUUAUUGGUAAGAUCCUUUGGAUUUGCAGUCAAUGCCAGUGGAGAAAAUAGUAUCUUCCUGAAGAUUACACCUAGAUUGACUUCUGUUCAACCUUUAACAGCUUCGGAGAUAGGAGGACUUACAGUGAUUCUAUCAGGUUCAGGCUUAGAUGGGAUAAACACAGUACUCUUUAGUUCUCAAUCUUGUCCUAUCAAUUUCAAUGCCAGCAAUGCAGUGAAAAUGGAAUGCAGGCUUCCUCCCAGGAGAGGAGGAGAGGCUACUGUUCAUCUAACCGUAAUCAAUGAACAUGAAUCCACUGUCUUUGCCAAUGCUUUUACAUAUGACUCUUCUCUAAAUCCGUGCAUUGUGUCAAUGAACAGAAAUAAAAGUGGCAUAACAGGAGGUCAGCUGCUUGCGAUAGGUAUUUCUUCAUUUUCCAAUUAUACUCCAUUUGAUGUGAAGGUCAAAAUUGGGGACACUGCAGUUCAAAUUCAAACAGUAGCAGAUCAUGGAAUCAGUUUAUUGCUGCCUUCUCUUGCAGAAGGAUUGCACAGACUUUCAAUAUUCCUUCAUCAUCUUCCACUCAACACGAGUGGACUGGAGCCAUUAAUCCAGUAUGUUACAGAGAUCUUCAGAAUAGAACCAUGUUGUGGCUCCUUCCUAGGUGGAACAUUGCUCACCAUUUCUGGAAUAGGUUUUAGCUACAGCCCAGCCUUGGUCUUAGUCCUGAUUGAUUUUCAACCCUGUACUAUAAUCAGUCUAACUGAAGAUAAAAUUCUAUGUCGGACUCCACCACCCACUCAGCCAUCUAAUACCAUUCUCAAAACUCUUUUGGCAGAUAUAGAGGUGUACAUAGGCAACCGGUCAUUGGUAGACCCAUUUCAAAUGAAAAUCUUCAAGAAUUACACUUUUCUUUACAACAUGUCUUUAACUCCAAAUAUCAUGAACAUUGAAAUAGAAUUAUUGAACAAUAGUCUGCGCCUAGGCAUAAAAGGAGUCAAUGUAACAAAUUCAGUGGCUAUCCUGGCACAGGCGGAAUGUCAACUUGAGGUACAGAAGAUCAACCACUCUAUAACUUGGUCUCAAUGUUCCUUACCUCUAAGUGUUCUAGAACCAGGGCACUAUGUUAUGAGUGUUCUCCAGAAGCAAAUGGGCUUUGCCAACAUACCAGCUGAGAUGCAGCAUUUUACAGUAUACCCACAGAUAAAGACUAUCUUUCCAUCUCGUGGCUCAGUGUGUGGUGGGCAGCUUCUCACAAUAUCUGGCCAUUUUCUCAAAUCUUGGACAAAUUCUACUUGGGUAAAUCUGACAGGCAACUUGUCUUGUGAGGUCCAGAGCUCAAGUGAAGACAGUAUAAUCUGUGCACUUUUUUCAAGUGAUCCUCUUUUGGAUGAUCAGCAGUUUCCUGAUGUACACCAAGCUCUUAAUAUCACAGUGAAAGUCAAUGGAAUGUAUGGCCGUUGCCUAGGCGACUGCUCGUUCCAUCUUCUUGCAAACAACACUCUUAUUAUUGAUGCUGUCACUGUGAGGUUUGCUGGGAUCUUCAUUUACUUGUUAAUCAGAAUUCAGAAAUUAGUUUGGUCAGUGGAUGAAAUCCUUAUAGAGGUAGAUGGACAUCUCCCUUGCAAUAUAACUUCUUUGAACAAAACCAGUAUUGAAUGUCAGAUGCACAGCCUUGAUGCAAAAGAACAUAGCAUUUCAAUAUUGAGCAGAGGCUGGGGUGCAGCCUGCUUGAGACAGAAAGACUCCAAUAUUUUCAGAGUUACUCCUGAGGUGCUCCAUCUUUAUCCCCAGAAUUUCAGUGUCAAUGGCAGAGGCCUCCUCACCUUAGAAGGUGCAGCACUUCAAGGCAGGAGCAGCACUACAGUUCUCAUAGGAAAUCAGAAGUGUCUCCUCACCAAAGUCACAUAUUGGGCCCUUAAGUGCCUUGUGCCUUCAGGCAAAGGGACUGCAAUUGUGGGACUCGACAUAGACAAUAUGUCAUAUCCUGCUGGGGAAAUAAGCUACAGUGAAGAAUUCACCCCAGUUUUCCUCUCCCUUCUGCCUUCCACAGGCCAGUUUCUGACAAUAAUGGUUUCAAAAGUUAGGCAAACGGAAGACAUGUAUGUUUUUGUUGGAGGCUCUUCCUGCACCAAUGUUACUAGCAAUGGUACCAGUUUGCAAUGUGUGCUUCCUCAGCUUCCCACUGGAAAACAUAAUGUGACCGGUGGAAUUGUGCAGAGAGGUUGGGCUUCCUCAAGUUUGGUAUUCACUUCAGUCCUGACAGUUAUCACAAUGGAAAACAGCCAUGGCAAUCUUGAUGGAGGAGAACUAUAUAUACAUGGAAAUGGAUUUUCUCCAGGAAAUACCUCAGUUUCCAUUUGUGGUUCUCCUUGUGAAAUGCUGAAUGUGACCACCACAACUGAUCUGAGCUGCUUAACCGGGCCCUUGAACGCAUCUCUAGCGGUUCUCUGUACUAUGACCUAUCCUGCAGAAGAGAAUGGCGAAGACUGCAAAGCAGCUGGUGCAGCACUGAUCCAGUGUGACAUUCAAAUCAAAGCCAAUGCUGAUGUUGUUACAGCAGCCACCCCAUUCCUAUUCUUUUGUGAUGAUUUGGCUUAUUCCUCUUUAAGAUCUAACAAGACCUCUAUCAACUCAUCCCAUGUCCAUUUUUUUGGCCUCCUUCUCAGCCCUAAAGUGGAAAGAGAUGAAGUUCUCAUCUAUAAUAGCUCCUGUAACAUUACCAUGGAAACUGAGGCAGAGAUGGAGUGUGAGGGACCUAAUCAGCCAAUUACCGCCAAGAUUACUGAGAUAUGGAAAAACUGGGGCCAGAACACUCAGAACACCCUCCAAAUUCAAUUUUGUGGACGAUGGUCAAAAAACGUGACCUGGUUAAAUGGACAUCCACCACAAGAUGGCGAUAAUGUCAUAGUAGAAAGAGGACAUAUUUUACUAUUGGAUACUAACACAAGCGUUCUUAAUAUGCUUCAUGUCAAAGGUGGCAAGCUGGCAUUUAUUGGCUCUGGAUCCCUAGAACUUCAUGCUCAUUCCAUCCUUGUGUCCGAUGGAGGAGAACUUCAGAUUGGGUCUCCCAGGAAGCCAUUCUGUGACAUGGCCCGUAUCCAUCUCCAUGGAAGCACCUACUCCGAAGGGUUUUUCCCAUAUGGAGUGAAAUUUCUGGCUGUGAGAAAUGGAACCCUUUCCAUGCAUGGCUGUGUACCAAAAAUAUCAGUCACAUAUUUGAAAUCAGCAGCAUACCCCAAUGAAACAAAGUUGGAUUUAAUAGACUUUGUGGAUUGGAAACCUGGAGAUGAAGUUGUUGUAUGCAGAGGAAGUUUUGAAGGUGCUCAAAAGAAAAAGGAAAUUCUUACCAUUAAGGAAAUAAAGGGUACAGAACUCUACAUUACGUCUCCACUAAGGUAUUCUUAUGCUGUUACUGAAAAGCAGGUUCUCAAAGAGCAUCUUACUUUUAGAGCUGUUGUGGCAUUGCUGAGUAGGAAUCUAGUCAUCCAAGGAAAUGUCACAAGUGAAAAAAUUUCCCAUCUGCAACUCUGUAAAGCCACAGCUCUUUCAGGAGAUAACUCAAACUGCCUCUAUAAGAGAACUGAGAGAAAACCUGGGUCUCAGGACAUGGGGGGUAUUGUCAUUGUGGAAUCCUAUUAUGAUAAAGAAAGUCUGCUACAUUUGGCAGGUGUGCAGUUCCAUCAUGUAGGACAAGCAUUCCAAAGGCAUUUCGGUGCACUGACCCUGGUUGGAAAUGCUCAAAUGACUAAAUCUUACAUGCAACAUUGUGUUGUUUUGGAUUCUUUUGCUCAGGGAGUUAGCCUAUCAGGGAUAUCAGAUUUCAAGAUUGAAAAUAAUACUUUUUACAACAUUAUGGGCCAUGGAAUUAAAAUAGGAGCAUGGAAUGGCAAUAAUAAAAUAAGACAUAAUACAAUUAUUGGACUAGUGGGCACCGAUGGCCUUUCCAAUACUGAAGUUCUGUCCCCAGCUGGAAUAUAUAUCCAGUCUCCUGAUAAUUUGAUAGAGAGUAACAUGGUGUGUGGCACUGGACAUGGUUACUUUUUUCACCUUCCAACUUCAAGAUUAGGAGAACCAGUGAAGUCUUUCAGUAAUAAUGUAGCACAUUCCUGCUCUAGAUAUGGACUCCUAAUACAUCCAGCAUAUCACCCUCAAAAGAGAAACAAUACAGAACCUGUUAUAUUCCAAAACUUUAGUGCCUGGCAGUGCAAAGGUGGAGUCCAGAUUAUUAGUACCAGCAACCUUCAACUUUGGAACUUCCACAUCUCUUCUUGCAAAGAUUUUGGUAUCAACAUUGUGGAAAGUCUUGGAAACACUUCUGUUGUCAACAGUCUGCUAAUUGGCCACUUCCAUGAAAAGGAUAAAAGCUGUAUGUUGACAGGGCUGAAAACUCCUCAAAAGCACGAACUGUUGAUUUCACGUACAACCUUUAUGAACUUUGACAGUCACAACUGCACUGCAAUUACUACCUGUUCUGGCUGUUACCAAGGUCAAGGAGGCUUUCCUGUCAGAACAGAUCAAGUGCUCUUCCUCAAUGCCCCAAACUGGCUAUCAUUUCCAUUCCCUCACUGUGCCAUCCUCAAAGAUCUAGACGGGUCUCUGACAGGACAACCAGGAAAUCAGAUCCUUCCUUCUCUGGAUAUACUUCCAGAUUCCUGUAGGACAAUUGUCAAUGCCAGUCAAGCUGUCAAUGCCAGUUGUUGUUUUGCAAAUAUUACUUUUCAUCGUAUGUCUCUUGGCCUAAAGUUUCCAAUCUUUUCAUCUAAUUUAACAGUAACUAAUAGUCACAAUAAGGUGAUCACUGUCAAUUACGUGUCUGACACUUUAUCAAAUGCCGAUGGCUGGAUGAGUCUUCUUUUGGAUCAAGAAAUUUAUACUUUGUCAUUCAGCAGUCCUCUUCUUCAAAGAAAUUUGCAGUAUAUAGCUACAUUUGAUAAUUUUGCUGUUGGCAAUUACCUAUUACUGGAGCAUGAAGGGUUGCCAGUCCACAGUCAAGUUACGGUGCUUUGUGGAAGAAGGCAAGGGUUGCUACUCCAGGCUAUUCCUUCCCAUAGACAUCACAAGGCUUGCGACUGCUUUUUCAACAAUAAAACUAAAAAGUUAACUUAUUUAGUUACAGGGAAAGGCUUAAUCCAAGUGACAUUUAAAGUUGAAGACAUAUUCCCUUUAUCAGAACCAGUUCCUUCUUUUUCUCCUCCUAUUUUCAGAUGGUCCCUUGCUGAAUCCUGGAAUGAUGUGACAAAGGGCUGGGGUGGCUACAAUAAAAGUAUACCAUCAGCUGAGGAAGAUGUUAUCAUUUUACCAAACAGAACUAUCUUGGUGGAUAUGAAUCUUCCACCCCUACGAGGUCUUUAUAUCCAGGGCACACUGAAAUUCUCAUCAAACACCAGCCAUCUUCUGAGCGUGGCCUGUAUUGUGAUUGCUGCUGGUGGUGUCUUGAAAGUGGGCAGCCUGCAGCAUCCAUUAGAAGAAAGGAGAAAGGUACACAUUCUCCUUCGGGCAUCUGAGAGAGUAAAUUGUGAUCGAUUGAACGGUUUGAAUGUCGGUCCAGGAACCAUUGGUGUUUUUGGAAAGCUGCAGAUGCACAGUGUUUACACCAAGAAGUCAUGGACACAUCUUGGAAAUGAUGUUGCACCUGGAAAUGAAAGGAUUAUGGUGCAAGAUCAUUUGGACUGGCAUCAGGGUGACAGUAUUGUUGUCAGUUCCUCUUCAUAUGAAGCCCAUCAAGCUGAAAUAAUCACUUUGGAAAAAGUUAACAAUCGUAGCAUUAGGAUCCGUGAACGUCUUCUCCAUAGACAUAUUGGAUAUUCCCAUAGAUUAGAAGAGGGUCAAUGGAUUCUCCUGGCUGCAGAGGUUGGGCUUCUGACAAGAAACAUUCAGAUUAAAUCUGACAUGGAUUGCAUAGGAAGACUUCUGGUGAGACGAUUCUUAAACACGUCCUUCUCCCAUUUUGCAGGUGUGCUUCAACUUUCAAAUGUUGAAAUUUUGAACUUUGGAUCUUCACAGUCUCCAUCAGUUGACAUUACAAAUUCAUCCGAGUCUUUCAUAAUUUCCUCUAGCAUUCACCACAGCUGUGGAGUUGGUAUUCAAGCCAUUACAAGUAAUGGGCUCUUCCUACGUGAUAAUGUGAUAUUCAAUACAAUUGGGCAUGGUAUACAUUUAGAAGGCCAAAAUCAUACACUCAUCAGAAAUCUGGUUGUCUUAAGCAAACAACCAGGGACCUCGAGGCUCUGGGUGGCUGGCAUCAAAACAAACACAGUAGAAGGUGCUAUGCUACAUAAUAAUAGCGUGGCUGGUUCAGAACGGAUAGCCUUUCAUAUCAAGGGUCAAGAAUGUUUCUUAGCAGAAGACCUUUACAGUGGCAAUGUAGCUCAUUCAAGCCUUCAUGGGGUUCAUUUAUAUAAAGGAGAUGGCUUUCCAAACUGCACUAAAAUUACAGGCUUUUUGUCUUACAAAAACUAUGACUAUGGGAUAAUGUUUCAUCUUGUAGGAAGUGUAGUAGUUGAGAAGGUGACAUUGGUAGACAAUGUUGUGGGACUCUUGCCAGUACUUUAUGGACCAUCUGCUAAGCUGUACUGUCACCAGAAAAAGCAGCACCUGAAACUAAGAAAUUCUGUCUUUAUGGCAACCAGCACUUCCUUUGAUUGCAUCAAGGACAGAAUCCAGCCUCUUUCAGCCAAUGAGACAAUUACAGAUCGAGCUCCACGUAAUCCCUGGAGGGGCCGAAUCGGCAUGUUAUGGCCAUCUUUUACCUCGGACUGUAACUGGUGGCCUGAUGCUCCAUGGCAUAAAAUAAGAAACCAUUCAAUAGUUCUGGGAGUCACAACUCUACAAGAUAUAACCUUUGAUGGUUUUAGAAAGAGUUGCUAUACUGGGGACCAAGACACCUGCAUCAUGACAAAUCCAGGACAUGGAGGCAUCUUGCAUCUGAUCACAUCUGAGCAGACCAGAAUGCUCCAUAUCAGUGAACAAAAUAUGUUCUACUUUCAUCCACUGCAAACGAGAGUAAAUGAACCUAGCUCAUCUGGUAAUGCAAUAUGUGAGAACUCAAGGAAAGCUCUUUUCAAAGAUUUGGAUGGCAGUGCCCUAGGAUUGGAUUCACCUGUAUCAGUUUUCCAAAAAUCAGAGUUGGAUUGGGAACAAGCAUGCCAGGAUGCUGAGCAUAAACAAGAUGACAUUGAUGGAGAUACUGAGGAUAAAUACAGUGACCAGAACAAUGAGGCAAAAAAGCAAAUCUUAAAUCCAAAACAGGCAGAAAGGUUCACUAAUUUUCAGCCAGCUUCUGAUUCCUUGGACUGUGAGAUAAUUGAGAGGAGCAGUCUUCAGUCAGAUGUUCUGCUGGUGCUGUUCCUAGUCAAGCCUUCCUUUCCUUCUCCAGUUUUUCCCCUCUGGCUCAGAAGAGUCAGUCAGAAUGACAAAAAUAGGGAUCAGAAAGAGCCUUUCAAAGGGACUCUGCCUCAGUUUAACUGUGUAGCAAUCCAGAGCAUCCCAUCUUUGGAGCACAGAGGAGAACUACGAAUUACCAGAAGCAGACAAAGAAAAUACUGGCGUGAAAAUAGUUGUAGAACAAAGGUGUCAAACUGGCAGCCCGUGGGCCAGAUGCGUCAUGCACAGGACACGCCCACGCUCCACAAAGACAAAAAACGUCAUGAUACACCAUGA